ACCCGCGCACCCGCGGCCGCAGGAGGGCCCAGCGACGCCGCCGCGCCAGCUCCCAGGGCCCGGCCGGCCCCGGCGCUCACGCUCUCGGGGCGGACUCCAGGCCCUCCGCGCCCUCCCGCGCGGCGAUGGCCCCGCUCGGAUACUUCUUACUCCUCUGCAGCCUGAAGCAGGUUCUAGGCAGCUACCCGAUCUGGUGGUCGCUGGCAGUCGGGCCGCAGUACUCCUCCCUGGGCUCGCAGCCCAUCCUGUGUGCCAGCAUCCCGGGCCUGGUCCCCAAGCAGCUGCGCUUCUGCAGGAACUACGUGGAGAUCAUGCCCAGCGUGGCCGAGGGCAUCAAGAUCGGCAUCCAGGAGUGCCAGCACCAGUUCCGAGGCCGCCGGUGGAACUGCACCACCGUCCACGACAGCCUGGCCAUCUUUGGGCCCGUGCUGGACAAAGCUACCCGGGAGUCAGCCUUUGUCCACGCCAUUGCCUCAGCCGGUGUGGCCUUCGCGGUGACACGCUCGUGUGCAGAGGGCACGGCCGCCAUCUGUGGCUGCAGCAGCCGCCACCAGGGCUCACCAGGCAAGGACUGGAAGUGGGGUGGCUGCAGCGAGGACAUCGAAUUUGGUGGGAUGGUGUCUCGGGAGUUCGCCGACGCCCGGGAGAACCGGCCAGAUGCCCGCUCAGCCAUGAACCGCCACAACAACGAGGCUGGGCGCCAGGCCAUCUCCAGCCACAUGCACCUCAAGUGCAAGUGCCACGGGCUGUCGGGCAGCUGCGAGGUGAAGACGUGCUGGUGGUCGCAGCCCGACUUCCGCGCCAUCGGCGACUUCCUCAAGGACAAGUACGACAGCGCCUCGGAAAUGGUGGUGGAGAAGCACCGGGAGUCCCGCGGCUGGGUGGAGACCCUGCGGCCGCGCUACACCUACUUCAAGGUGCCCACGGAGCGCGACCUGGUCUACUACGAGGCCUCGCCCAACUUCUGCGAGCCAAACCCCGAGACGGGCUCCUUCGGCACGCGCGACCGCACCUGCAACGUCAGCUCCCACGGCAUCGACGGCUGCGACCUGCUGUGCUGCGGCCGCGGCCACAACGCGCGCGCGGAGCGGCGCCGGGAGAAGUGCCGCUGCGUGUUUCACUGGUGCUGCUACGUCAGCUGCCAGGAGUGCACGCGCGUGUACGACGUGCACACCUGCAAGUAGGCGCCGGCCGCGCCUCCCCCGGACCGCGCGGGCCCUGCCUGGGGUGCGCUUUUCCCUGGGUGGAGCCGGACUCCCACCAGACGGGACCGGUCAGCGCUCCUCC